CACACACACACACACUCACACACACACACACACACACUCACACACACACCGGGAGGAGCCGUCUACCCUUCCGUCACCCAUACCCGCCCCUGAGGACGGUGCGUCGUUGGCAGCGUCAAUAUUAUUUAUUAUUCCCGUUAGGUCUCGGUGUUUAGCGCGCGCAGACGCCGCCGCCGCCGACGACGCUCGCGCUGUAGGGCUAGCCGUAAAAAAAGAAAAAGAAAAAAAAAAAAAGAGGGAGAGAAAGGAGAGAAGGCUCGCGCUCAGUGUGUUUUGGUUUUUUUUUCCUUCCAAGGGGGGCUGGAAGGGUGGGUGGUCUCGUGCAUGAACCGUAUGUGCGCGCGUGCAGCCUAUAUAUGUGUGUGUGUGUGCGCGCGUUCCACAACAACGCGGGGGUUUUCUCGCGCGCGCGUGCUGCCAGGGCGAUGCUCCGCCGCGCCGAGGGCUCGUGAAGGCGCCGCGAGAGUCCGGUAGACGCAUCGUGGUGGAUGGUUGCGUUGUUGGUUUGACUCUGUCCGCGUGUGCGUGAGAUUGCGUGUAUGUGUGUGCGCAUGUUUUGGUUCCCAUGGCGAACAUGAGCAGCAGCGUGUGCAUGGAGACCCCACACGCCCACGGCCACGGCCACGCCCACACCCACAACUACACGCCCACGCCCGGGCGGGACUUCCCCCUGCAGAUGGACUCCUGCAUGAACCCGGUUCUGGACUACAGCGCUCAGAUGGAGCGCUACCGCUCCUUCGCCAACUUCUACGCUAAGAGCAGCGCGGCGGCGGCGGCUGCCGGGCCGUUCCCGCAGACGGCCAAAAUCGCCCGGAUCGCUGCGCCCAUUUUCCCGUCUGCCAGAAUCUCCGCCAUGCCCCCGUGGCCCUGCGACAACGCCAUGCUGUGGGGCCGCAAGCCAGCCGCCGCGGUCAACGUCAACGGGGCUCACCCGCACCGGGGCGCCAUGCCUCGGGCCGAGCCGGUCAACGUGCACAUGCCUGCUAAGCAUCUCGGCCAGGACUCCGCCCUCCCCAUGGCCACCGCCGACAACUUCCUGACGCCUCUGACGGCCGAGCAGUGCCGCGGCUUGCCAGUGGGCGGAGCCGAGUGCAUGAACCGCCUCAAAGUUCCACCAGGGGGCGCUGGAGAUGCCGAAAGAGGUGGAGCCACAUUUGGAGGGAUGCCACCACCACUAGGGGGCCUGUCCCUGCCUCCAGGGGUCAUCGUCAUGACGACGCUGCACUCGGGCGCGGGGUCGUCGUCGGGGGUGACGAUGUCGGACAGUGCGUUUCAGAUCGCCAACGCGGCGGCGGACUGCCAGCACAGCGGCUCGUCCUGCUCCGGCUCGCCCGCCGCGCUCAGCACUAACGGCAACGCCAACGGGAGCUGCAGCGGCGCCGGCAGCAGCGGCGGCGGAGGCGCCAACGGCGGAGCAGCCAAGAGGAAGCGGAAACGGUGCGGCGUGUGCGCCCCCUGCAGGCGGCUCAUUAACUGCGGCGUGUGCAGUUCCUGCCGGAACAGGAAGACGGGUCACCAGAUCUGCAAGUUCAGGAAAUGUGAGGAGCUGAAGAAGAAGCCGGGGAGCACAGUGGAGAGAGCCUCCUCUGUGGGAGCAGCAGACACCUUCCGCUGGUUCUUCUGAAACAACGCCAACGGAGGAUCCCCAAGAACCGGAAAAGAACACACAUCGGACCACAAAAAACGGACAACCAAGCAGAACACAGCAGAACUCCGCACGGUCACUCGAAGUCAUUCCACUGGACUCCCUUCCUCACGCCGCAAAUCAGGAAUAAACUCGCCGGAGUCGGAAUCUCCGCACGGAUUAGACUGGGUCGCUCUCUCUCUCUCUGGAUGGUCGAUACUGGAUGAAUAUGCGGAAGAAUUUCUGCCCCAAUCUCUCAACUCAAGGCCACAGACAUUCCACCUAUCACCACACACACCAAUCCACUACCACACACUAUCCAUCACACUACCACACACACUCCAAUCCACUGCCACACCAUACAUUACCAUAUAGUCCAAUCCACUACCACCUAUUACCACACACAUCAAUCCACUACCACACACUCAUCCACUACCACACACAGUCCAUCACACUACCACACACACAGUCCAUCACACUACCACACACACUCCAAUCCACUGCCACACACUACAUUACCAUAUAGUCCAAUCCACUACCACCUAUUACCACACACAUCAAUCCACUACCACACACUCAUCAACUACCACACACACAGUCCAUCACACUUCCACACACACUCCAAUCCACUGCAACACACAUUACCACAUAUUUCAAUACACUGUCAUGUACACUUACAUCCACUACCACACACACACAAACACACACACACACACACACACACAUUCCCUCACCACAUAUUUCAAUCCAAUACCACACAUGCACACACACACACACACACUCCAAUCCAUAACUAGACACACAACAACCCACUACCACACACAUUACAAUCUACUACCACACACUCCAGCCCACUACUACACAUUACAAUCCACUACCAUAUACAUUCUCACAUCUGCUACACCUCACUUAAAUCUGAUACCACACAAAUAUUUAUGCAACACUCCAAUCCACUACCAUGCAUUCCAAAUUCACUACCACACACUGCAAUUCAGCAAAUACUCCACUCCUCCAUCACACACUCCAAUCCACUUCCACACACUAUAAUCCUCCUAACACUCCACUCCUCUACCACACACUCUAAUCCACUACCACACACUUUAAUCCACCAAACACUCCAAUCCAGUACCACACACACACACACACACACUUCAGUCCACUACCACACACUACAAUCCACCAAACACUCCAAUCCAGUACCACACACACACACACACUUCAGUCCACUUCCACACACUACAAUUCACCAAACACUCCAAUCCAGUACCACACACACACUUCAGUCCACUUCCACACACUACAAUCCACCAAACACUCCAAUCCAGUACCACACACACACUGCAGUCCACUUCCACACACUCCAAUCCACCAAACACUCCAAUCUAGUACCACACACACACUUCAGUCCACUACCACACACUCCAAUCCAGUACCACACACACACUUCAGUCCACUUCCACACACUCCAAUCCACCAAACACUCCAAUCUAGUACCACACACACACACUUCAAUCCACUACCACACACUC